GUUGCCAAUGUUGCCAAUUCUAGCACAAUGGUUGCUAUGUCUAGUUAGUUACUAUAUUCGCUUUAUUUACACACGCCGUUGAAAUGCAUGAGUUUUGAAAUUUCAAGAAGCUGUAGAAUUGAAAAACAGUUUGAGAUGGAGCUAAAAACGAAGCAAAUGGAAAAGCUAUUAGAACCUUUACAACAGCAGAUAAACAAGCUACUUUUACUAUUGACUAAUAUUUCUAUUAAUUCACCUGAAAUUUUGGCUGUAAAAUCAAUACUUUUUGAGCAACUGUAUUUUUUAACAGAGAGAUUUAAGAAUUUAACAAGUGAAGAUAAUUGUGACUAUGAAGAAGCAAACGUAAAAUGUGUUGAUGCAGCAGCAAAUACAAAACAUAUCUCUUUAUUAAAAAAUAUUGAUGAACUUAUUAAAGAUAUUAAGAGUGACAAUAUUAAUACAGAUGCAGCUAAAUGCAUGACAGAAUCAUUGUUUAAUAAUUUUAUGCUAGCUUUAAGAGCUUUGGAAGAUUUAGAAUGUUUGCCAUUGAAGCAAAGACUUCAAGACUGUCUGGAUUAUGUCAGAGAAAUGAGUACAGCGAAUGAGAUUGAGGAUCUUCAAAAUAUAAAGGAACUGGGUACUUCAAUAUUGGAGAUAUUUGAACCAUUGCAGAAAUACAGAAGAAGUUUGGUAUCUAUUUUUCUGUCAGAAAAACUGGCCUUAUAUACCCUUCAACUGUGCACUUCAUUUGAAAUGCUAGUACAAUUGGCUCAGGAGCAACAUCGGCUAAAUGCACCAAUUUAUGCUUGUAAGAAAUACAUUUGUGGAAGAAUAUGUAUCUGCUGUCAAAUGAUCUUAGACUUAUUGAAUGGUUCAAACCCAUCAUUGGAAGAGGAAGCUUUUGAAAAGGAAAAUCAUUUUGUCUACAGAAUGGAUUUAGUGUUAGACAUUAUAUUAGAAAUGCCAAGCAAAACAAAUCAGGAACAACUAUCUGAAUGUACAGAAUUAUGGUUGAGAUUGGAAGAUGUUUUCUCUCAUGCUAUGGCAAUUACCCAAGUGUGUCAGCCAUAUAAUUUUAAAGCCAUAACUGGAUCAUGUCAAUCCAUAGUACUGGAAUACGAGAAAUUAAAGCAGCAAUUACUAUCGGAAACACCAGAUCCAGCGUUAAAUAAUUUGUUUAUGCACACGUUAUCUGACGCUCUUUAUCGUCUGGAACGUAAAGUUAAUAUAGCAGUAUUAACACUCGCAAUGGAAGUGUUUAGCAAUCCUUAUGCAGCUUUGAAGAAGCUUGUUAUGACGUGCGGAAAUUCGUUAAGCGCGAAAAAAAGAUCUAAGAAUGAUCUAAACAAUCUCAUAGAAGAUUUUGACCAACUCUUUGAUCAAACUAUGCAAAUCGGAAUAUUUGCUAUCGCUUCUUGCAAAGACAGAAAUCGUAACAAUAAAAUUCGCAAUUGCCUCGCAGGAUUUGAAUCCUUAGAGACUGAAUUAAUUUCUGCUAUAAUUUCUUUCUACUUGCAUCCGGAUAAUAAGGAAAUGCGUUCCAGUGUCAAACUAUUGACUGAACAAUGGCAGCUGGAAAUGAAUAAGUUUCAGAAUGCCGUAAAUCUCAUUAUAAACUCGGCUGCCUUCUGUCAAGUAGUUAUGGAUAGUCUUCAAGAACGUAUAACGGCGAUCUCGGAUUGUCUCGAUAACAGACAACCAGUUACACAACUUCAAGUGCAAGGUAUUGUUCAGCGCGCUUCAGCUUUAUCUAGCCAAGUGACAGCGAUUAUAAAUGACAUUGGUAUUGAAAACAUCGAUCGUCAAACGAUAAUGAUGACAAGAGAAUUGAAAGCAGCCAUAUUUGAAGCCAAUGCAGCUGCUAAGACUCUUCUAGCUGAAAAUGCAACAGAGCCCCUACAACUGCGAGUGAUAAAACGAUGCGAAUUAAUAUUGAAUGUCGUUCGGAGAUUGGAACCAGUUUUGUCCACAAUUAUGAACAGCACAAUACAUGAGAAAUCUUCGUGUAGAGGCCAAGGAGAUUCCAGCUAUGGUAUCGUUUCAAAUACUAUUAAUUUCCCGUCUACAAUUUAUGAUUUACCGCGCGAUGACAAUAGUUUGGUUUACAUUAGAACACCCUAUACAGUAAAAACGUAUAAAUCGCAGGUGUCCAUUCAACCGGCAAACAGCAUAGUGCAGAAACCGUCGAACUUAUCAUACUUAAUACCUUACAUAAAAAGUGGUCGCACACUACGCAAUGAGUAUUCCAUUAUGUAUAACACACCACACAAAAAUAAGGAUACAAUGGAGUCAGUUGUUAAAAAUGAGAUAUCUCUCAGAAAUCUUUCUAGUGUUAGGCAACAUCUUUUUAGCAGAGAUAGUUUUACAGUUCACACCAAUAUCGACAUAUCGGAACAGAGUAUAGAUUUAACAGCUGUUUUAGAGAAGAUCACUCUGUUAUCUACAUCGAGCAACUCAACGUUUUCAUCUUGCCAAUCCUCAAAAGUACAAAACACAUCUUCUGAAAGUACAAGUAAAAGUGUGGUCUCCAACAUCUUACCUGGCACUGUUAAACCAGAAACUGAAAAUUGUUUAAACAAGUCGGCUAUAAUGGAGAAGAUGGGUGAAGGUAUUAUAUCUGGUGGUGGUGAUGCAUCUUUAGUUAUGGAAACUUGUCAAAAACUUAAUAGUGUUCGACUUGCAAAUAGUAAGAUUCAAAAAUAGGCAUCAAAACAGCAUAAUAUAUGAAAAGAGAAAAAUGUA